AUGCCAUCACCGAGUCCCACCGAGAGCAGCCAGCUGGGGCCUACGAAGCCUACGAUAAAAUCACUUCAAGACCUCACUCUUAUCGAAGCCUGGGACAACGAUGCGAAUGCGCCAAAAUACGUCACCUUCUACCACAUAACGGACGAAGCGGAACUAUGGUUUGGUCAAAGCUCCAAGAACAAGCGGGAGAUACCUCUUGAAGAAUACCAAGAGGCACUGGAGCUCGUACCCGACGAAGAGAUCUAUCCCGAAAUUCCAACUGGCGCCAAGCUCACCAUCGCACCAGACAACAUCGAUGACCCAGUGUUCAUAAAAUGGCCCGGCCUCAACUGCUAUGAGUCGAUGAAGGGAACACCCUAUGUGUGGAAAUCCGUCCUUGAUGAGACCUUGAUCAUGGAAAAGGUCUCCAAGAAUCCACAUCCGUAUAUCAUCAAGUACUAUGGCUGCCGAACCGCACGCGAUCGCAUCACGUCUCUCGUUCUCAAGUCGUACGACUGCACGCUCACCCAGUUUGCCCGGCAGCCAGGUUUCAAAGAUCUCGACAAGGAAAAGUUUCUGGACGGCCUGGAGUCAGCAGUGUCGUAUGUACACUCGUUGGGCCUGGCACAUAACGACAUCAAUCCGGACAACAUCAUGAUGGGAAAGGAUGGCAUGCCUGUUCUUAUUGAUUUUGGGUCUUGUGCUCCGUACGGGCAAAAUCUCCAGUCCUUGGGCACCGAUGGAUGGUACGAGGAGGUAUUCUUCACUUCAGAGAAGUCACACGAUGAUUUCGCCAUGAAGAAGAUGAGAGUUUGGAUACAAGAUCCGCAAGUAUGA